AUGUCUCGGGGAAGAAACCGCUGGUCCUGGUCCUCCCACCGUCGUAGGCGGCACUCCCUCUCCCGCUCCACCAGAGCCGAGCUGCAGUUCCCCGUGAGCCGCCUGGACCGCCUCCUGAGACUGGGUCCCAAUGCCCAGCGCCUGAGCUCUUCCACCCCAAUCUUCCUGGCCGGCAUCCUCGAGUACCUGACGGCCCACAUCCUGGACCUGGCGGGCGUGGAGGCCCGCAGCAGCCACGAUGUGCGCAUCACCCCCGAGCACGUGCAGAGGGCGCUGGACAACCACGAGUACCUCAGCCGCCUCUUCCAGCCGGGUGCCUUCCCUCGGGUCUCCGCGAUGCCCGUGCCCGAGGACAGGUUGUGAUGC